GCUCCCCACCCCCACGGCUCCUUUUUUGUGCUAUGGAAGUUUUCUGUCUGCUCUGAAAGCGCAGCACCGAAGCGAUCAUCAUGCUGAGGCAGCCGCCCUUCUAUGAGCUGGUGGGCUACAGGCAGCCCCCUCCCGCCUUGCUGGCCAAACCAGCUCCUGAGCGGCCAGACUUUGCUCCAGAGCCUCUCCAAGGACUCGGGAGUGCCAAGGCGACCGCGGCAGCAGCGGGAGGCCACCUCGCCCCUGCCGCCGGCGUCACGCCCAAGAGUGACCAGAAGACCGAGCAGCAGCAGCUCCGGAGGAAGAUCAACAGCCGGGAGCGGAAGCGGAUGCAAGAUCUCAACCUGGCGAUGGACGCGCUGCGGGAGGUGAUCCUGCCCUACUCGGCCGCGCACUGUCAGAGCUCGCCGGGGAGGAAGCUCUCCAAGAUCGCCACGCUGCUCCUGGCCAGGAACUACAUCCUCUUGCUGGGGAGCUCCUUGCAAGAGCUCCGGAGGAUCCUAGGCGAGAUGAGCGGCUCGGGCCCCCGGUUGCUGCUGGCCGGCCUGCCCCUCUUCGCCGCCGCCGCCCCGGGCCCUGUGCUCUUGACGCCGGGGGCCGUGAAUGUCCAUCACCACCACGCCCCGCACCCGGCCAGCAAGUACCUCUCGGUGGCCCUGGAGGAACAGCAGUGCGGCCAAGUGCACGUGGCCAGCGGCGCCAGCCUAUGCACUUGCGCCAUUUGCAAGUUCCCCCACUUCAUCCCGUCGUCCGGCCUCAGUUUAGCAGCCGUGCAGGCGCAGUUCUCCAAGUGACUGGCCCACUCCUGACCCGGGACUGCGACGGGGUGGGGGGGUUAGAGGAGAGGAGAGGCGGAAGAUCGGACCUGGAGGGAGGGGCGAGGACAAGGACACGUGCGCAGCAGGAGGACUGGCGCGAGCGGG